AUGGGUCGUGUUCCGACGAAGCAGCAGAAGAAUAACAGAUCGAAGGAUGGCGGCGAUGGAACUCAAGAAAAGCAGAAACCGAGUCUGAAGGGGGCAGAGAGGUCGGCGUACUUCGCUCGGAGAGAGGCGGCGAAGGUUCUCAGAGUGGUUCUGCAGGGCGACGCCAACCGCCGUGCACUGGCCUCCAUCAAAUCCCUCAUCUACAAACCCUCCGUCAGGAACAAGAAGGCCACUUUCGCCCUCAUUUGUCAGACUCUCAAACGUAACCGUUUCUCACAUUUUGGAAGAUUUCAGCUACCGUUGAUUUUGCAGAGACAACAAGAAUUGGUUUACAUCAUUGUGUAUGAUAUUCUUUUCGGCCAGGCAGUUGCAGUGGCUGGUGAUGCAGAGAAGUAUCUCAUGCGACAUAAGAACGCACUACAAUCCACUUUGAAACAGCUUUUGUUACGGAGAAAUGUGAAGAACGUUGAACAGUUGAUUGCUCUGAAUCAGCUUCCUGAUGUUUCCCUGCCUCGUUAUGUUCGCGUCAAUACGCUCAAGCUGGAUGUCGAUUCUGCCUUACUUGAGCUUAAGGAAAAGUACUCGGUUGAAAAAGAUGAUUUACUGCCUGACUUGCUGAUACUCCCACCGGGCACUGAUUUGCAUGAUCAUCCCCUUGUCAACAAUGGAAGUAUCUUUAUGCAAGGUAAGGCGAGUUCCAUGGUAGCACCGGCCCUCAACCCUGAACCAGGAUGGGAGGUUAUUGAUGCAUGUGCUGCUCCAGGAAACAAAACUGUCCACCUAGCCGCCCUUAUGAAGAGGAAGGGUAGGAUUAUAGCAUGUGAACUGAAUAAACAAAGGAUUAAGCGUUUGAAAGAGACUAUCAAACUAUCCGGGGCUUCUAACAUACAUGUUCUCAAUGAGGAUUUCUUGAACAUAGAUCCCAAGGCACCUUCAUAUUCUAAGGUGAAGGCUAUUCUUUUGGAUCCUUCCUGUUCUGGUUCUGGUACUGCUGCUUCAAGAUUAGACCAUCUGCUCCCAUCUAAAGCAGCAGGUCAGGAUACCGAUAUGGAAAGAUUGAACAAGCUUGCAGCUUUCCAGAGAAAGGCUCUGCAGCAUGCUUUAAGCUUUCCAGCAGUUGAAAAAAUUGUGUAUAGCACAUGUUCAAUCAACCAAAUUGAGAAUGAAGAUGUCAUCAAAUCUGUUCUUCCCAUUGCCGAAUCACAUGGAUUUGAACUUGUGAAUCCCUUCGCUGAAUGGCACUGUCGUGGCCUACCUGUGUUUAAAGGCUCUGAAAACUUGGUUCGGACAGAUCCUGCCGCAGACGGCGAGGGCUUCUUCAUUGCUCUGUUUGCCAAGAAGAAAAAUGUGCAAAAGAAGAAGAAACACUUCUUUCCCCGCAUUCAUACUGAUCCUUUCAGAACCUGGUUGUAUUACCGGCUCAACGGCCCUUGAUCCCGUUGGUGGUUACAAUUCAAGAGUUGGACAAUACAGUGAAGACACAAAAUGUGACAUUCUUUAAGUCGAUGCCAAUCUCCCUAAAACAAAACAUGCUGUACAUACAAAAUUUUGGCGAUUCUGAUUUCUGAGAUGUUUUAGAAUUGGAAACAAAACAUAUUUCAAUGAAACUCGGUUGUUACACUUAUUUCA